AUGAUUGAUCAGAGAGGACAGAUCAUUGGAGCCAAAAUAAUUAAGAGCAUUUUUCGUGAUGGUUUCGAUAUGAAUUCUCUGGAACAAGAGCUGAUAUCUCUAAACAUAGGGGGGAUGACCUCACAGAUCCGUGAAAUUAUUCGCCUUGCAUUUGGCUCCCGAAUGGUAUCACCCGCCACUGCAAAGAGGUUGAAUCUAAAGCACAUAAAAGGGAUGCUGCUGUAUGGUCCACCAGGCUCUGGGAAAACAUUGAUUGCUCGAAGUAUUUGCAAGUUACUAAAUGCAAAAGAGCCCCUGAUUGUACGUGGACCAGAAAUCACACAAGAAUUGUAUGGUGCAUCUGAGAGGCAUAUAAGGGCACUAUUUGAUGCUGCUGAGAAAGAUGAAAAACAAUAUGGUUCUAAAAGUGACUUGCAUGUCAUUAUUUUUGAUGAGAUAGAUUCCAUUGGAAAGAAAAGAGGAGCAGCUGCUGGAUCCUUCCAUCAUGAUGAUAAGAUUGUGAAUCAAUUGUUAACGAUGAUUGAUGGCACAACAGAACUGAACAACAUCUUUAUUAUUGCGACAACAAACCGAAAGGACCUCCUCGAUGAAGCCCUCCUUAGGGAUGGUAGAAUCGAACUCCAUAUCAAGAUUGACUAUCCUGAUGAGCAAGGGCGCAAGCAAAUUUUGGAUGUUUGCACAAGGAAAUGGAAACAAGCUUCUCUCCUUGAUAUAGAUGUUGAUCUACAAGAAAUAGCUCGCAGGACCAUUGGAUAUAGUGGUGCUGCACUUGCAUCCCUUCCGCAGUUGAGCUCCACCGAUAUACUAGAAUUUCUGAAGGUUGCCCACUCUUUAGCCAAAUUCAAGAAGAAAAUCGAGGCACAUCCACUUGCAGACCUUGCUUCUUUUGACGAGGAUAAGGCCAAGCUCAGUUGUUGA